CCAAGAUGGCGGCGCGCUGAUUCACUGCGACAACACAACCCGGACGUGUUUUGACGCCGAGUUCUCCUGCGCUGAUUCGACAAUAAUGAAUCCAAUAAUGAGACGGACACUUCCUCCUUCAGUGAGGAAUCUUCUGACAGACAUCGGUCCAAAGGACGAGUGGUCGGAUGAAGAAGAGAAUGCUUCGGCGGUCAGCAGGGAUGGGAUCCUGCUCCCCGGCAGAGGAGCUUCUUCUGGACAAGAAGAGUUCAUCACUCAGGCUUCAGCUGGUGGGAAGAACUCCAAAGUGUGCAUGCUGUGCAAGUGCAAACCUGCGUGCUACACUUGCCCUCGGUGCAACUUGCAUUACUGCGGUGUGGCUUGCUACCGCAGCCCGGAUCACUCCAUGUGUUCAGAGGAGUUCUACAAGGAGUCCGUUCUUGAGGAGUUGGGAAACAUAGGGGAGGCAGACCAAGAGGGGAAGAAGAAAAUGCAUGAGAUUCUGCUCAGACUGAGACAAAAAGCCCAAGUUACAAACGGAGGAAUGGAAAGCGUGUUAAGAGAAGCCGGAAUGGAGCAAGCCGGCAACAUUGAGGCUAUGGACCUGCUUUCCAGAUUAGCUGAGCUUCAGGAAUCGGGAGCGGAUAGUGCGGGGGAGAUGGAGGACAUGUUGAGAACACUGGAAGAGAUUGGAGGCCAAGAAGACGAUGAGGAGCCGGCGGAAAGCGUGACCCGACAUCUGUCCGAGCUUGAUCUUGACAAGUUCUCCGAAGAGGAGCUGUGGGCGCUCCUUGACAACCGUGAGAAGGAGAAGUUUACUGGUCUGCUGAGGGAGGGCACUCUUGCCGGCUUGAUCCCAGUGUGGAGGCCGUGGUGGGAGGAACACGACCAGGUAGGGAAAGCACUAGUGGAGGUACUGGAGGAGGAGGUUCAGAAUUCACAUCAAAAAGUGAAAAAGACUAAGAGCAAGAAUGAAACGGCAAAUUCGGUGGUCUCUGGUGUCCCUGCCAUUUCUGCUAAGAUCCCCAAACUAAGCUCCUUAUGUUCCAAUCCAUCUCCAUUGGUCUGCUACAGUGUGAUCAACACUCUUUAUUGCUAUACUUUCACAUUGCAGCUCUUCAACGGUGACGCCGAUUCGCUCCUGUUUGAAUUCUGUGACACGAUGCUCACCUUGUCGGAGGCGCUGAGCUCCAGCAAGGUUUUUAACUCUGUCCAAGAGGCCGUACACAGCGGAGAGGCUAUCAUCUUAGGAGGAGGCUACCUCAACAAACAAGAAUCCCGCGCCACCGACUUGGCAGUAGAAGCCACCGCUCACGUCCUGACAGGUAAAGACAAAGAUAACGUCGCGGGAUACAUCCUGGCGGCCUUGAGUCAGCUACGGUCAGCGUUCUCCCAAGCCAGAGCCUCUCUCUCCAAGGGGGGAGAAGAAGGCGCAAGGAGACAGAAAUACUUCCUGGCUUCCAAGAAGUGUGAAUUCUUUCAAGCCUGGACGCUGGAUCAUUCGUGUGGCACACGCGGGCUGGCUCUGGAGCUGUGGAACGAGUACGGUCGACGAGAGAGCCGAAGGAAAAAUGUGGAAGAAACAAAGACGCUCGUUGAGGAGACCUUUAAAAAAGGAAAUAGGAAAAGCAAUAGUAUGUUGAUCCAGGAAUUAAAAUAAAUUUUUUUAAGGAAGUUUGUGAUGCAACACAUGAAUAAACCA